AUUUCGAAAAUUGCGCGAAUCGGCGAAUACCAGCAAACGAAUCGAUAUUUUAAAAUGAAGUGCUCUGUAAGAAUGAAAUCUAGACGAUUGUGAUGAACUGAUUUGAAUCGAGAAUAUUUUUUGGUGUUUUAUUAAUAGUGCCAAGAAGAUGAUGAAAUACUGGGGAAUAUUUAUAAUUACUGGAAUUCUUUCACUGAGUGCUGCGGAUUGGAAUUUCUUCAAAUGUUUUGAAACGGAGAGAAGAUGCCCUAACGAAAACGUUACAUUUUGGCUGUAUACCAGAGAAACCGAAAGCAACCCAACCCAACUAAGCAUGUUCGCACCUGACACGAUAAAACAAGCUCCAUUCGUACCGAACCGUCCGCUGAUCGUACUGAUUCAUGGCUACACAGGCCACCGCGAUUACGCACCUAACACCUCGAUUCGGCCCGCCUACCUGGCCUACGACGAGUUCAACAUCAUUUCCCUGGACUAUAAUCCGCUGGUACUGGAACCGUGCUACUACCAAGGCGUGCGCAAUCUUCCGACGGUGGCAAACUGCACAGCUCAGUUGCUGGAUUUCCUGAUCGCCGAAAGGAUGUUCACACUGGACGACAUUCACGUGGUAGGCUUUAGCUUGGGAGGUCAGACUUCCGGCAUGAUCUCCAAUUAUCUGCGCUCGGGUAAACUCAAACGAAUUACCGGCUUGGAUCCAGCGAAACCACUCUUCAUCACUGCGCCUAGUCAAUUUAAGUUGGAUCAGACCGAUGCAGAGUUUGUGCAGGUGAUCCACACGGAUGUUUUUGCGCGCGGAAUCCUACAUCCCAGUGGGCAUACCGAUUUCUACAUCAACGGAGGUGUAGAACAACCGGGUUGCAACGCUCAAUCCAUGAUGACCACUGGCGAAUGCAAUCACAACCGCGCCCCGGAGUACUAUGCGGAAUCCAUUGCCACGGAAGUCGGUUUCUGGGGGUACAGAUGCGCCCACUGGUAUCUGUAUAUGUUGGGUCUGUGCAUGGCCAACGAUGACAGCAUGGUUGAGAUAAUGGGAGCACAUACGCCGAACACAUCCCGCGGUCUUUACUUCCUGAGUGCCAACAUGAAUUCACCGUACGCCCAAGGUAGAAACUUCUCGCUUAAAGACGAAUAUCCCAUUCCAGGGUGAAGCGGCCGACACCUGUUGUUCACCUUACCUGGUAGCCCAGAUGACCGCGAGCAUGAAAGCAUCGAUCAUUUAAAACAAUAAAAACCGAUCUAACCAAUUCAAC